AUGUGGAUGCUCAAACACCGCGCCGUGUGCACACGAUUACCCUUGUCGACGACGCUGACCGCUGCCCAUUUUGAUUGCUGGAGCCGAUUUCUGCAGCCGCCUAUGUUCACCGAUCCCGGAUUUGUUUUUUAUUUGCUUCCCCCCUUGCUGGUCGUCGUUCCUAUCGCCUUCAUUCACUUGUCGGAGCCUUUUGACGCAUGGACCAUUGACUGGACGUUCAACUUGGAGAUCAGGAGAUAUCUUGGUUUGAGGGAGUGCUCUCCCAUUUUAUUUUUAUUGUUUUAUAUUUCGCAUUUUUGGAGACCACUUCGUUUCAGGGAGUGUUCUCAUUGCUCUUUGGUGCAUUGCUUUGCUCGAGGGAGUGUGUUGGAAUUCCGGGAGCUGUGCGAGCAUGUGCAAUGCGCCCGAUACCCGGAUUAA